AACAACCUGACAACUUGAUUCUUCAACAUCAUCCACCUUCAAAACUAUUUGCCUCUCACUCAUCUACCAAUUUUAACUAUUUACGAUUUAAAAAUGUAUAUUCCAUCAGCGCAAAGCGUCUUAACCGCGGGACUGGCUCUAACCGGCAGUCUCAAAGAACCGAGCACCGUUGCCGAAGGAUCGGUACUGGACUACGCGGUCGAGAAAUGCAGAGACUCGGAAGGCAAUACGAGAUGCUCAAAGCCGUUCCUCGUCUCCAAGUCGACUUGCUAUCAGCUCGAAUGGAGUACAGAGGGAACGCUCACGCAUACCACCGCCGAGAUUCGUGACAUAAAGUCAGGCGAGCUAGUUUUCUACCGCGAUACCGACGGCAAUUGGACUCCAGAAAAGGGAGAGCUCGUUUAUCUCGAUUUCAAGCCUAAGGUCCCAGCAACAGGAAACCAGACUGUGGAUUAUAUAGUCAAGACUUGUGAAUAGGCGGAUAUAUCGAUGGCAAUAAAUAUCCUUACCCUUUCCAGAAAUUGUAGAAUAGGCGAGGAUUGCGUACAACCCAUGAGAGGCAUACAAGGUGUUAUAAAAUUUGUAUUAAUAUUUUGACUAGUAAAUAAGAUGCAGCUUUAAUUUCAUCAUGUCAUAUAUAUUAUCAUCGAAAUAGGGGCCGAUGCUGAUCUUCGAUGGUAGAUAACUAUGUUUUAACAUAGAGGAAAACCCAUAAUUGAUAAGCUAAUGGAUACUUGACUGUAAAAUGCUAGAUAAUGAACCAUAUUUUCGCUUGUAAAACUUUUAACUGUAUUGAUUGGCUAUCAUAAUGCGAUCAUAAUUCAUUUCCAUACGGCACGAGG